AUCUCAUACCUUUCAGAACCAGCAGUUGUAUCUGAUCUCAUUUUCGUCGAAGAGCUCUUUACUGCAGAAAAUCGAGCAAAAUGCAAAACUUCAGCGUACAGAACAAAAGAAUAUAUAGAAUGUCCUCAGAGGACCUCAGCAUGCUAAGACCUACAUUUUACUCUUUGAGAAGUGCUGGGAAUAGGGGAUCCUAUUCGAAGGACAUCUUUGGAUCUACCACUGUACAAACGGGGAUUGUUGGAAAUGUUGGAAAUGAAAAGGUUACCAUGCAAAUCCUGAAUGAACGUCUUGCUUCCUACCUGGAGGAAGUUAGGAGCCUGGAGAAGGCCAACACUGAGCUGGAGGUGAAAAUCCGACAGGUUCUGGAGAAAAAAGGUCCAGAUACCAAGGACUACAGUCACUACCAAGCCACGCUUGAUAAAUUACGCAAAGAGAUCCUGGAGAUGGUAAUGAGCAAUGCAAAUGUGAGUCUUCAAAUUGACAAUGCCAAAUUGGCUGCCGAUGACUACAGGGUCAGGUAUGAUAAUGAACUACAACUAAGACAGUAUGUUGAAGCAGACAUAAAUGCAUUGAGAAAGAUGCUGGAUGAGACCAAUGUUGCACGACUGUUUCUGGAAAAUGAUGUUGAGGGAUUGAAAGAGGAGAUUAUUGGGUUAAAGAAACAACAUCAACUGGAAGUGUCAGAAAUAUAUAGUCAAAUCAGCCGGUCAGGAGUGCAUGUGGAUGUUGAUGCUCCCAAAGGACAGGACCUGGCUAAGAUCAUGGAGGAGAUGAGAGCCAAUUAUGAAAAGAUCGUCCUAAAGAACCAGGAGGAACUGAAAACUUGGCAUGAAUCAAAAAUCACAGUUGUACAGGUCCAAGUGACCGAGAAUGCAGAAGCACUGAAAGAAGCCAAAACACAAAUCAGCGUGAGCCGUAGGCAGAUGCAGCUUUUGGAAACAGAGCUGCAGUCUCUGAUUGGAAAUAGAGCAUCUAUGGAACAAACCCUUAAUGAAAUAAACCUGCGAUAUGGGAUGCAGGUGGAGCAGUACAAUAGCAUAAUUUUGCUGAGAGAAUCUGAACUUAAACAGCUGCGUGCCGACAUUCAAAGUCAGACACUGGAGUAUCAGGCCCUGUUCAACAUCAAGAUGGAGCUUGAAGCUGAGAUAGCCACCUACAGGAGACUUCUGGAUGGAGAAGAACGAAAAUUAGUGAAAGAAUCCAUAAAGACAACAAAAGAAUCCAUCACGACAACUGUCACUGAGACACUAGUGGAUGGAAAAAUUGUAUCCUCCAGCUCAAGUACUAUCAAAAAUUGAUAUAAACAAACAUGACAUCAUUACUGUUCAUGAAAGAUACAAUACAUCAAAAACCACUAUGAAUGUUUUAAAUAAAACAACAUUAAAACUUA